AUGGCGGAAAUCUGCGGCAGUGGUGGCUACAAGGCGGACUCCGCACCAGAGCCUGAAGACCUCCUAGCAUUCCAGCGCAGCCUGGAUGAUGCCCUGGCGAGUGCUCUUACCAAGUUCGACAGCAUGGGUGCUUACUUCAAGCAAGGCAUGCCCGUGCAAGCGGUCGCUGCCAUGCUGCAAGAAGAAAUCAUGCAAGACAAGGACUUCCUGCACUGCACCGCGACACCCUCCCAAGAGGCGCAACUGCGAAAGUUCGUCAUGCAGAUGGUCGGCAAGAGCUAUGGCCUUUGGAAGAAGGGGAAUCCUGGUGCAGUAGAUGUAAACUCUGGUGAGAACGGUAGGGGUGCAGACGUGGGGCUAGGAUGGGCUAGCAUUGACAACUAUCCCGGGUGGGUUUACGAACAGAUCCAGGCGUACCUGACUGCCGAGCCAGGUGAAAAGGCCAUGAUGAAAAGGCAACUCGAAGCAACGCUGCUUGAAGAGCCAUUGUGCUCAGCAACCGUCAAGUAUGAUGGCACCUGUUUCGGCAAGCUGGACACCGGGGCCCUUUCUGGGCGCAGGCACCUGGUCGGAAAGGCAUGUGAAACGUACAUCAACACUAGCACCGCCGCCUGCAGCAAGUGUGACAUCGGGGUUGUGCGCUCAAAGCUCUCCAGUAUCCUUGGCGUAGAACUUGCAGAAGGAUCUGUUUGCGUGUGGGGAGAGCUCAUGUGCAACCCUGGCUACUACGGCUACCUGGCACGCGGCUUGGCGGAGAAGUGGGUCUGCUUCGGCGCAGCCGUGCAGCUACCAGCCACGCAAGACGACGAGGCCCUUGUGGCAUGGUCUAAGAAGCUAGCGCAGCAUGGCUUUGCCCACAGCGUCUCUUCUCAGCUCAAAAUCCGUCUGUUCCUCUGCCCAACCCUGCGGGAGUUACUGGUACAAGCAGGCUGCCAAGCAGCUGACAAUGUUGCAGAGACUACCCAUGCCGAUCUCGUCUCGAGCAACGCCCAAAGCCUCAUAAACGGACACAACGAGGGCAUUGUGCUGGUUUUCCGGCGGGCCUGUGGUCAAGCUUCUAUUCGGAAGUGGAAGAAUUCCGCUGAGGGCCAAGACGUGAGCAAGAAGCAUGCAAAGCAGCUUCGAAGCUUGGAUGCCCGGAAUCUUGCACAUGAAGGCCUGCUGCACGCUCGGAUUGCUGACAUGGUGGAAACCAUGAUCCAGGUUGCAGAAGCCACAACUGUUGUCCCCAAGAUGGGGAGGAAGCAGCUAGCGAAAGCUCCAUGA